AUGGCCUUCCCCACAAGCCCUACCGCCAAACUAACCGGCCACAACGGCAUCGUCCACGCCGUCGCCUACUCCUCCGGAUCCCAAUCCUACAUCCUAACCGGCUCCUCUGACCGCACCAUCCGCCUCUACAACCCCAAGCACGCACCGCCCACCUCUGUCGCGCCCACCCAAUCUGCACAGCGCCCCCCAGGUCUCGUAAACAAAUACACAGCGCACGGCUACGAAAUACUUUCCCUCGACGUGAACCACGCCAACGACAAGUUCGUCAGCACAGGAGGCGACAAGACCGUGUUCCUCUGGGAUGUGCAAACCGCACAGACGGUGCGACGCUGGACAGGACACUCCGGACGCGUAAACCGCGGCGUCUUUGGCGGCGAGGGCGAUAGCGUUGUUGUCAGUGCGAGUUUCGACGGCACAGUCCGCAUCUGGGAUGUGCGAUCCAAUGCCUACAAGCCCAUUAUGAUGCUAUCCGACGCCAAGGACAGCGUUUCCGACGUCGCCAUUCACGAUGCGGAGAUUGUGGCGGCAAGUGUAGACGGACGAAUCAGAAGCUAUGACUUGAGAACUGGCAUGUGCCAAGUUGAUGUUAUAGGACCUUCUUGUACGAGCUUGACUGUGAGUAAGAAGGGUACCGAAGUCCUUGUCAGCUCGCUUGAUUCCUCGAUCAGACUCAUGGAUCGGAUUAAUGGUGGACUCCUGAAAACGUACAAGCACGACGCUUUUGUGAAUACGGAGUUGAGAGUCAGAAGUACACUUGGCUUGAACGAUAGCGUUGUUGUGAGCGGUAGUGAUAAUGGCUUUGUGUUUGCAUGGGAUAUGCUGCAUGGAACUUGUCUGCACAAGUUCAAACACUCCGAUAUGACAGAGAUCAGAGGAUCACCGCCGACUUCGCUGGCAAAAGGCAAAAAGGAUCUAGUGUCUGCUGUGGCGUUUUGCCAAACAAGACCUGAAUGGUGUAGCGGGGGUGGCGACGGCAAUGUCAUUGUAUGGGGUAUGCCAAGUUAG